AUGCCUCCGAGGGGUCGAGGUCGGCCGAAGAAGACGCCGAUUCCGAGUGGUGCGGGUGGUCCCUCGCGUGUGGCAGAGGUGGUGUUUCGUACGAGCAAGCGUGACAACAACGCUGAGGUUUUGCGGCUGGCGGAGUAUGUGAAUGAGUUGCUGGUGGAGAAAAGUCGGAGCGUGGAGUCGCAUAAGAAGUUGGAGAGUCUGGUGCGCCAGACGGUGUUGGAUUUCAAUGUGCUGAUAGCAAGUGAUCGGGAGUUUAGUCAGUGGAUCCGUUGUUUGCAUGGAAUAGCGAGUAGUCGUGGCGACUUGUUCGGAGUUGUAUAUAGCAGCUUGGUUCAGCAGCUAAAGACCUUCCAUGACCACGACGAGUACCGGGACUACGGUUACGGUAAAGAUGUCGUGCUUUCGAAGGACAUUCGGUGCAAGAGCAUUGAUGACGUGCGGCAACGGUGUAUCAAAAUAAUCCAGGGACAACCGCUGAACAAACUGAUCGACCGGCAGUCUUUCGACUUCCGCUUCCUCGUCACGGUCUUGGCAUUCCACCCACGGGCGGCAGACAAGCUGCGAGGUGUAACUGACUUGAAAAUAAUCCAGAACAAACACGACGCAAAAUGCCGCGUUAUUUGCCUCGUCUAUGACCCCAAGCAAAGGGAAGACGGUCUGACGGAGGAUGAUAUCUCCUUCUCCAAAUGUCUGCCCUACAUCUACGACCCCAAUUCCGACCGGAUUCGCGACCUGCUAUGCGAUGCUAUUUUCCGACAGUUCCGUUUGUUCUUUACCAGUCGAGGCACAUACAUGAUAGACGUCCUACAAAAGUCAGCUCCUCCUCCAGAAUUUCAGCAGAUUGGAACCUCCAUAGUAGAUGCGAGAAGGACCAGCACGUAUAUUUUGAAUUACAUACAAGCCGUCCUCGGAUUAAUGUCGCGCGCAUCAUUGAAGCCCUUCAGUGACAACGGAAAUUAUGUGCAACUGGAUACCAUAGAUACCUAUAAGCUGUACCGGACUCUACAGACGUUCAUUAUCCGUUAUCUUCAUAAUAUGGAGACUGAGCGGAUGGAUGACGACAUUGCAGAAGGAUUCGAUGAAGACCAGUUCAACUUUUGGCUUAAGGAACAAGCCGACGAACUCACCCGGAUUUUGCAGUCUAAGAAGCAUCGUUAUUCGGCGCAACAGCUGGAGCAGGCUAAACAAAUGGUUCGAAACCGAGAUCUGAUGUAUAAGAAGUAUAAUCAAGUUAAGACCGAGGAAGAAGUAGGACCAGUCAAGCUCAAGCUAGAUGCUGCUUAUUGCCUUUUAUACAGGUUCUUCGUUAAGGAAUUCGAGUCUAAAAAGACCUUAAUUCUACGGCGGUCAACAUUUGACAAACACUUUUCGGAAUCUGCCAAAGUGCUUCAAGACGUGUUAGGACCUACAGCAUAUGCCGCCCAGGCGCCUCAGUCUCCCAUCGUAUCGCCCAUGUUGUCUCCCAUGAUGUCCCCUUAUCAAGCCGCCGGAGCUGGAAGCAUCAUGGAUUCUGGCAGCGCCAUGGGAUCCGGAAGCGCUAUAGGAAGUGAGCCGGCAUCCCCGCAGAUCGAUGUGAGAUCUGGAGGAGGGUUGCUGAUGAGUGAGGUCAGUGAUAUUCAGUCGAUUACAUCCAGUCGGAAAUCUCGUGCCGGACCAGAAACAUUGAAGGUGACUAACAUUCUGCUAAGCCACUUGCUUGAUGACUUCGAAGAAAAUUGUCUUGGGGCCUACGAUUCCCCCGUUCUGCCUCUGUUAUUCUUCGGAAUCGUUAAUUUGGAUUUUGAGGUUCACGGUAAUAUGUUCUUAAAUAGAAUCCUUACCGCCUUUAGGAACCAGACAACCAAUGAGCUAUCGAAGGAGAAAAUAGCAACUUAUAUGAUCGGAUAUGCAUGCAGAUGUAAUCGGAUUUCGGUUCAGGCGAUACAGGAUGUAGCAGUUCAUUUAGCUAACGAUCUAUUAUUCUUAGCGCGGAAGGCUUCAGUUAGCGGAUCACCCACCAGCGGGGGACCAACAAUUGCAGGGCUUAAUGCUGCCGUUACCUGCUUUUCUGGAUUGCUGGAAAUAUUUUGUGCGCGCUGGAAUCAAUUAAAGGACGAUUUGGAAACGCGUGUGCUCCUGGAAAUUUUCCUCAUUAUGGCUUAUGCUAAUUCAGUAUUCGAGAAUAGGUUCGUUCAGAUGACUCGCAAGAUAGUCUGCUCCACAUUUGUGACCAAAAUGAAGAGAUUUGACGUCAGUUAUCAUAAGGAACUGUCGGCAUUUUUGUCAGGACUAUCUGAUCACGGUGAGACCGUAAUUGCUCCAGAGGCGGGGAAGAAGAAGAAAGGCGAGACGAUGAGUGUGUUCGAAAUGGAGACCACCUGGCCAGUGCGACCAUUUGCUAGAGUUGAUUUAUUUAAAUUUGGAUCUUACGUUCAUCGCCCCGAGAUUUGGUUUGAUUGCUGGGCCAAGGAUGACGUCGAGUCUGCGGCAUCCCAGCCUUUACCGCUGGGGGCAGAAAUUGCUCAGGACAUAUGGAAUAAACUCAUCGAGGGAGACAUUAGAGAGGUAACGCGGAGUCAGGAUCCGGAUAUCGGUGAUAUUGACCUUGACGCCGACUCGAUGUCAGGAUCGGGCUCUGAAAGUGAGGACGUGGCGCUUGAGACGCAGGAGACGGGUAUAGACCAAAUUGUCAACCUCCAGAUAGGUCCAGGCAAAGACGUGGCAAUGGCGGACGUGGAAGAGAUCUCUCCCGCCAGCUUGGCUGAAGAACCAUCGGCGAUAGCCGCUACGGAGCAGCAACCUGAUGAGGUACCGGCUGCUGAGCAGCAACCAGGCGUGACCCAGGACUCGUCUGACCCAGAGGGUGACGUGAAGGAGAAUUCAUCUCUAAUUAAGUCCGACACUCAACAGAAAGAAACUACGCCGACAGCCGUAGCGCAAUCGAUUGGCCUCGAAUUUAGCAGUGAUAGUAGCAGCGACGAAUCGGACAUGAGUGAUUCGUCGAAGGUCAUUCAAUUUAACGUCCCGGGCACUGAGAAGAAGAACCUCGAUCCUCGACAAGAAGUCGAGACUAUCGUUGCUGAGACUGUUGGGACCAAAGGAACUGAUGCGAAGAACAAUUCAAGUAGCUCGUCAGAUAGCACUGAGGACUCCGGUAAUGAGGUAGAAAUGGCUAUAGAAUCUAAGUCGUCAAAACCUGAGGCGGCGAACGUUGACGUGAGCAUGGACGCAGCUAGUAUGGGAGCGGAAGAGGAGACGCCCGUGGCGGAGACCCAAGUGAUAGACGCUCCGGUAGUACACGUUCCUGUAGUGGAAGUUCCGGUUGUAGACGCUCCCGCUGUACCUGUUGUGGAAGCGGUGAGGAGCUUGUUCGAAGUUAGUGACAGUAGUGCGUCUUCCGUCGAUAGUGAGACUGUGCCGGACGGCGUUGGUACUAAACGCAAGUUUGCCACCAGCGACCCGGCCGUCGAUAAGAAUUGCAGCGAGGGUGCCGGCGCGAAAAGAGUCAGGCUCGAUUCCGAGGCCGCCCCGUCAAUGACUGACCUCCUCAGUGUAGUUGAGCCUGGGGCGGCGACCGCGGCUGGAUCGGUCGUCUCUCCUGAUGUCUCGAUGGAGGGAAGGCUUCCGUCGCAAGACUCAAUUCUUUCAGAUCCAAGACCUUCGGAUGUAGGCCAGCCUCAGGUCAUUGAGCAGAGCGACAAGGCCCUGUCGGCUACGCACUCGGUAGAGAUGACGCCGCCGGACCACACAGAUCCGGGGUCAACGUCCACGGUCGUAAACGUGUUCAACGAUAUGGGACGCGAAAGCGAAGAGACCGGACCGGUGGAACAGGGAUUGCCAAAUGAGGUUGAAUCGUCAGGUGAGGUUGAAUUGUCAGGCCAGGCUAGAGAAGGGGAGGUAGGCAACGUGGUCGAGAACGGAGUGAGUGGAAAGAGCCGAGCUACUACGGAGGACGAAACCCUUCCUGAUGGAGUCGUUCCUGAUGACGUCGUUCCGGCAACAAGCAUGGAAGACCCUCAUCCAGAUACGGAUUUCCCCGGAAACUCAGGAUUGCCUCCAGUUACUGAUCUUCCGGCUUACGUACCUCCGGCUUACGUACCUCCGGCUUACGUAAAGGCGGCUGGGGGACUUCGCGAGUCGGCUGCGACCACAGCAUCUGGCGCGGCCACGCCGCUCAUAAGCACUCCGGCAAGUACACCGGCAGCAAGCAAGCUGUCUAGUGAAUUCGUAGGCGGCCUAGAGACUGUCGGGGACUUGGACGGGAGCUUUGUCGCCGGAGAGGCUCUAGUCCCAGUCCAGCCGCAAGAACCCGGAUCGGAAGAACCCGGACCGGGAGCGUCCGACUCAGGGGCCACUCCCUGCAAGGCAGUCAGUCCCAGCGAGGCCGAUUCCGCGGCGACGGAAGCGGCGUUCAGUCCGUCGGACGACGUCGACACGCCUUUGAACUACGACCGCGGCGCGACCGCCAUCAGGACAGGCUUAAAGGCGGCCAUGCAGUUGACUCCGGUCACGAGUCCGCCACCAAUGAGUCCGCCAUCAAUGAGUCCGCCGUCAAUGAGUCCGCCGUCAAUGAGUCCGCCAGCGACGGCAGAGUUGCAGUCGACCCUGCAGCCAUUGGCCUCACCGCAGUCGGUCGUCCAGUCGCAGUCGGUCGUCCAGCCGCAGUCGGCCGUCCAGCCGCUGUCGGCCGUCCAGCCGCUGUCGACGCUCAGCCAAGGUCCACUAGACAACAAGGUGCUCGGGCUCAUUGAUAAACUCGUCGACCACUUGAUCAGCACCAACAAAUUCCUCCUGAACGCGCUCCUGCAACAAACCACUAUGGGCUCGGCAAUGGCCGGUCCUCCGGUCGUCGACGCUCAGUCCGGACGUGUUGCGCCGUGCACAGGUGACCAACAGGUGGCCGGCAACCGACCGAAACCGCGGAAGCCGCGGAAGCCGAAGCCAUCUUAA